AUGCCUGAGGCUGCGAUUAUUGACAUCAUGGCGGCGGACUGGCUCAGCGUGGUACAGUCUCUAAGCCUGUCUAAACCGUGCGGCGAUGCUGACCACGUCAUUUGCUGGUAUGCUGCCCCGGCCCGACUGAGCCAACCAAGGGAGGCAGAGUGUAUUGCACAGAACGAUGCUCAGAGCGGGGCGCCUGAUAAGAUGUAG